GUCCUCAUUAGUAGGCGCGGCAGAGAAUAACUGUUAGGGAGUUUUGGCUUUUUGGUUUUUGGCACCGUAGUUCCAAGUGUUUUGAGGAGAGUUGAGGGGUCUCUGAGCUUCUGCACUUCACACAGUAACACCAGCGGAGGUGCUUUUGGGCAUCAGUUUGGAGAUAUUUAAUUGGUAGCUGUUUGUCUUAAAUUCAUACGCUCUGUGAUUAAUUAGCAAGAUUUGUCCUUGAGAUUGCUUGAGGUUUCAUUAUUAGACUGACUUGCUGAAGUUUUACCAAAAACAAGUAGAAUUCUGGAUCACUGACUUCCUAUUCCAGGUUUAAGACAUCUAAGUUAAUUUAAGGAUUGGUGUUAUAUGUUCCAAAUUAUUUAUGGUUCACAUAAAUUUAAAGUACAUUUCACACAGAGAAACGUUGGUAUCACAGAAAGCUGAGUGGCAGGUAAUUCUAGAAAACAGCCCAGAAUAAACAAAUCUAUUUAACUCUGCUCAGUCAUGCUUCCUUAAAACAAACAAACAAAAAAAGCCAGACGGGUUUGACCUGUUCUUCCACAUUCAAAACUGUAUGAAGACAGAUUACUUAAUGGGGUAAAUCUUAAGUUGCCUCUUGUCAAGGGCUUUUUAUCCUUAAGAACUUUGAUGUUUAUAUUUAAAUACUUAUGUAGCUAAGUCUGAAUGGUGUGUCGGUAAGCCAGCUGAAACAUGAGUCUCUGUGGAGUGUAGGGAAAUUUAAUUGACCUUCCUUUGGCUCUCUCACUAACAGGUGUUCAUUGCAGGUGAGUGGUACAGAAUGCUGGCGGCAUUGUGGCUUGCACUUUGCACUCACACAGUUCCAGUAAAGAAGUGAAAAUACUGUACUUCUCAACCGUGAUGUUUCUUCCCCAUCCCAAAUUGGUUUCAGAAGGCAUUUGAGAAGGAUUUGACUUCUAAUUUGGUUGGUGGGGUGAACAUUUGGUUAAAGAAAAAUGAUUUCUUUUGCCUAAAAAUGGCAGCAUUUUGGUAAAAUGCCCCAUUCCCCGAAGGAUGAAACAGGGUUGGAGAUUGAAACCAAGUCCGCCUAAACCCGAGUUCUUCUGCCAAACUUGUGAUGAACCUCUCUGUCCAAAACAUUAUUCCCUUUCCUGUCCAAUGCCUGUCCGCCUCAGUCUUGAGGUGUAUCGAAGGAAAGGGGGACUUGGAACCGAGCAGGACCCUGGGGGCCUUCCCAGGACAGACUCCUCCCCCAUGUCCUCUGUUGUGGCUCCUCUCUGAAGGACCCAGAUACUAGUGUCUCACACCUGUUUCCUGAGUUUUUCAGAUGCUAAACCCACCACGAAAUGGAAGAAAUUAACUACUUGAUGAUCUUGAGCACAUGGCCCCCAGACCUUCAGGGCACUUGAGGGAGUGAUCAUUCUCUGAUGUUCUCGUAUUGACCAGUCACAUUAUACUAGUUUUGAAAAGAGCAUUUUCGCUGCAUAAUGCGCACUCAGUGAAGGGCAUGGAAGACGCGUUACAGCUGGUGAGAAACAUCGUCCCUCCUCUCACCGCCAAGAAGCACAAGGGGCAGGAUGGAAGGGUCGGCGUGGUCGGGGGCUGCCGAGAGUACACGGGGGCCCCCUACUUCGCAGCGAUCUCAGCUCUCAAAGUGGGCGCAGACUUGUCCCACGUGUUCUGCACCCAGGAGGCCGCGCCCGUGAUCAAGGCGUAUAGCCCGGAGCUGAUCGUCCACCCGGUCCUGGACAGCCCUGAUGCCGUUCAUGACGUGGGAAAGUGGCUGCCCCGACUGCACGCCCUGGUAGUGGGCCCUGGCUUAGGCAGAGACGACGUUCUUCUUAGCAACGUCAAGGACAUUUUGGAAGCAUCCAAGGCCAGGGGCAUCCCCAUCGUCAUCGACGCGGAUGGGCUGUGGCUGAUUGCCCAGCAGCCGGCCCUCAUCCAGGGCUACCAGAAAGCGGUGCUCACCCCCAACCACGUGGAGUUCAGCAGACUCUCCGAGGCUGUGCUGGGAGACCCACUGGAUGGCCAGGACCGCCGUGGAGCCGUGCUGAGACUCAGCCAGGCCCUGGGAAACGUUACCGUGGUCCAGAAAGGGGAACGGGACGUGAUCUCUGAUGGCAAGCAGGUGCUGGAGUGUAGCCAGGAGGGCAGCGGCCGCAGGUGCGGGGGGCAGGGGGACCUCCUGUCCGGCUCCCUGGGUGUCCUGGUGCACUGGGCCCUCCAGGCCGGCCCCGAGAGAACAGACGGUUUCAGCCCUCUCCUGGUGGCUGCCUUUGGCGCGUGCACCCUGACGAGGCAGUGCAGCCACCAAGCCUUCCAGAAGCACGGCCGCUCCACCACCACUACGGACAUGAUUGCUGAGGUCGGGCCUGCGUUCAGCAGGCUCUUUGAAACCUGAGCGGGCGCGGCCGGAGGAGCGGGUGCCGUGAUGGGGAGACCCGAGCUCCGCGUCCAGUCCGUCUGGGUCCCCGGGAGCCUCGUGAGUCCCAGCGACGUGGUCCGCACAGAGAAUGUCAGAACUGGGAAUGCAACGCUUUCCUGCUAAACUAGAGUGUUCCUAGAGAUCUCACGAAACAACGUGUUCCUGAGCUUCUCUUAGCUUCUCAGUGACAUCAGGGAAAAGCGCACGUGAGAACGAUCCGGCCCGGCUGCGGUGGCGGGUUUGCUGCACCCCCGCGCGAUUCCCUCCUCUCCACCCACAGCCUCCCGCUGCUCCUGUUUACGCAGGAAGUUCCCUCUUCAGACAUUCCUCCUGGGGGUCCCAUCAGUGGUUUUCAAAUGUCUACAUGCAGAGUAAUGUUUCUUUUUCAAAUUGAGGUCCCCAAAGGAUGUGGCUUUCAUUUUAACAGUGCUUAGGCUGGAAACACCUGGGGGAAGCACUAAGCAUUAGCUGUUCUGGUUAUCUGGUGGGAGUGUCUCAGAAUACGCAGUGAUCUCUAAGAGCUUAGAAGUCCUUUUGGAGGCAUCUGGGGACGUCACAGAAGGAAACGGGCACAGGUGGGGUUGCUUGCCUCUUCUUGCGUCGGCACAGAGUCGGCUGGCAGCUGGCAGCCCCUGCACAGCGCCCACGAGUGGGAGGGGCGUCCGGGGCUUUGGGUGCUGGUCUGAUGGGAGACAGCACUGGGGGUGGGGACUGAGCGCUGUCCUCACGCCUGCUUACAGAGGACAGCGGUCCCUCUGCUUCAAGAGUAGAUGUGGCCUUGAGAAUGUUCAGCUUCCAUUAAAGACAUUCUCUCUGAAACUGCAGUACAUGAGGCUCGAUGGUGAAUUGUCCGCCUUGGGUCAGCUUGCGGGUGGCCGUCUGGGCGGGUCAGUGACUCAUUUUCUAUCGCAUUUCUCCCCGGCAUUGGUUCAGACAUGUGCAUCUGAACGUCCUUUCAUCUGCUUGGUGAUGCUUUCCACAGGGCAGGGUCUGUCCACGUCUGUAAGCCUGUCUUCAGUUCAUGCUCUGUGGUCAGACACCUCUCCCCAGGCAGAUCUUUCUUUAAGCAGUUGUGAACUUGCGAGAUUCCUUUAAAAAUGUUUGCCACUGUGAUGUCACGUCUGACUGUGAAGAAGCUUCCCCAUCUCUGUGGGAAUUUCUCCAGAAAGCCUGCGUGGCUGGCUUCUCCUUUGGGGAUUUUACACCUCAAUCGUGGUUUGUAUUAAAAGGCAGAUCUGGUUUAUUUCA